ACUUGGAAGAAGAUAAAGAGUAAAGUUAAAUCGAGAUCGAAGUUAAUUUACAUCUAUGGAAAUGGACAACAAUCGCGCAAGGCGCCAGGAUCGGGGGGUUGGGGGCUAGAGGGGAAAGAUGAUAGCAACGCGGAGAAGAACCUUCGAGAACGUCGCGACGCGCGCAUGCGCGCACUGCUCCGCCUCGCCGUGCCGGUCCGCUCGCACCUCGCGGUGGUCUAGGUUACACAACGUGCACGAGUCCUCCUCGAGCGUGCGUUCAUCGCCGGUUUCCCACUCCAACCGACUUGGUGACUACAAAGAAAUCAUGGCUGCUGCCAAUGCUGUGAAGAGGCUGAUUCCUCUCUUUGACAGAGUCCUCAUACAGAGGGCCGAGGCUAUUACCAAAACAAAAGGUGGUAUUGUACUGCCAGAGAAAGCACAAGCAAAAGUCCUGCGAGGUACAGUUGUAGCCGCAGGUCCUGGAGCGAGAAAUGAUAAAGGUGAGCAUGUGCCUUUGAGCAUUAAGAUCGGAGAUGUUGUGUUACUUCCUGAAUAUGGCGGCACGAAGGUUGAACUUGAAGAUAACAAGGAAUACCACCUGUUCCGCGAGUCGGAUAUAUUAGCCAAAGUAGAAGUUUAACUCGUUGAAUUUAAGUUACGUUUUCAGUUUUGUAAAUGCCAUAAGUUGUUCUUCUAGAACCAUGUGAAAUGGCAGCAAAGGAAACGUAUAUAGUUUUACACACAUAAUUGAAAGUUAUCUAUUUAACUCGAUAAAAAGACCUAAUUUUUUUUCUAAGAAUCUGUUUGCUAAAAUGCCAUUGUUUCUUACUGUACAUACCAUUUUCUGAUAAAAUAAAGCGUUUAUCUAUUACAUU